AUGUCCUUUGGCGUAUCUCCUCCAGCCACAGAAUUCCGUGUACCUGAUCCUAGCGUACCAGAAGACCAACUGUUUUCCGAACAUCAAAGACCCCUAUCCACCUUGAGCGAACCGCCAUCACAAAACAAGCCACAGAAAAACCAUUUCCUCUACCAGCCCUACCACCAACAGCAACAGCUUUUACAGUGUGCCGAAAACAUUGCGAUUCCAUGUAGUGUUAUUAAUAAGCAAACUACUACAAAGGGAAUUAGUACACAUUGCAAAGAACUCCAAGAAGGCUUCGCUGUAGCACACACCGCCAGUCCAUCCGUGGUUGACGUCGGCCAAACAGUAGCCAACGCGUUCGUCACAAGCAUCACGACAACGACCACUACCACUAUCCUAAUACCAAGGCCUACUGUUACAAGCUCGGUGCAUACGAACCAGACCAGCGAAAAGACAGCCCAUGAAAAGGGCUCUUCUAUCGGUACCAAUAAACAAAUUUCAUACGCCGUCAGUGGCGGACGGGGCCCCGGUGCGAGCCAUCUUAUUACAAACGUUGGCACACAUAUUGCCCUAACGACAACAAUUACAACUGCUGCCCUACCUACUCUCCUAACUACGACAACCGCAUCCAAUAUUACGGCCACCCCCUCCCUUAUUGACCCCCAGCAACCCGUGGCUCAAGCUAAACCUGCACCACUACCACCACCACCCCCACCACCACCACCACCACCCUCGUCGACAAGUCCGCACUACAAAAUCCACCCGUUUGAAACAACGCAACAUAUAGAUUCGUUGUCGGGAUCUCAAACCACGUCUACAAUCACAGGUGAGUCGUACAUCCACAACAUUCCUAACCCUGGUUCUGCUGGGGUCUCCGGUGGUGUGGUCAUUUGCGACAACAGUGACGGCGGCGGCGGUGGUGGCAGUUGUCGGGGUCGUGGUCAUAGUAACGUAGGGGUCGUGACAAGUUGCGUUGGUGAGGGUAUCGACGUCAAAAGUAAAGGUAGCGACCCCAGUGUUUGUACAAACAAACUUGAAAGCAGCAGCAGCAGUAGCAGUAGUAGUAGUAAUAGUAGUAGUAGUAGUAGUAGUCCCUUGUCCACAGCUCCGUCGUCGUCGUCGUCGUCGUCAGGAGUGUCACAGGCCAUAACUCAACAUCAGCCCCAACAUCAGCAUCAUCAUCAUCAUAAUCAUAAUCAUCUCCAGCCUCCUCAUCAUCACCAUCAACAACAACAUUAUCUACAGGAACAUCAUCAUCACAAACAACAAGAAGGAACUGUUUCGCGUUUUCCAUACCACCAACAACAACAACUGCAGCAACAACAACAACAACAAACGCAGAAUCAUCAUCAUCAUCAUCAACAACAACAACAACAACAACAACAGCAGCAGCAGCAGCAGCAGCAGCCAUCGUCUUUAGAUCAUCUUCAUCUUCAACACUUACAAGAACCGCCUCCUCCUCCUCCUCCUCCUCCGCCACCACCGCCUCCCCAGUCUUCUUCCAGACGCCCCCAUAUCUGUCUCGGCGAGUCGCAAGCAAAGGCACUACCCAGUUCUGCCUCGGUAGUGCCGGCUACCUCAGUGGCCGACUGUUGCUCUCUCAAAGAGGGACUUUCAUUCUCAGAUAACGUUUCUAGCACUGACAGUUACAAGCUAACUAGGAUAGCUUAUAAAUCGACCGAUACGGACCCCCACACUACAAUGUUACUCCUGCAGUCCCAGGGGGGGGGUAUGCAUUUAUUUUGUUUUGUUUACUUUCAUCUUUUUUCCUUUUUUCUUCUCAUUCUUUUUCUUUCUUUCUUUCUUUCUUGUCAUUUUUUCUUUCUUUCUAUCUUCACAUGCCGUUACCUCAUGCGCCCUUUUCGAGGAAGGCGAGCGCUCCUUCCGUUACGGCGAACACAUGCAGAACCACGCCCAAACGCACCCAUUUACUAA